AUGGCUAUGGAGAGUUGGAGAGCAAAGUUUCUAGCAAGCUCUCUGACACACCUAUUCACUCAUGCAUCAGACCAUGCACUAAUAAUUCUACAUAUAAAGAAAGCCAAAAAAAUCUGUCCAAGAUUUUCAAGAUGUUUCAAAUUCGAGGAGGUGUGGUUUUUAUGGGAGGAUUGUGAGCAAGUGAUUCACGAUGCAUGGAAUAAAGAAGCAAGGGCAAAUUCGGGUUUGACAAGAAUAAAGGAGAGAAUAGCAAUUUGUGGUGUAGAUUUGCAUGCAUGGGGUUCAACUAGAACUCACCCAAACGUGGAAAAAAUUAAAAGACUCCAAGCUAAGGUGGAGGCACUUGGUAAGGGAGAGUCAACUGAAGACAGCAAAAUUGUUCUUUUGGCAGCUAGCAAAGAGUUGGAUGAUCUCUUGCUAAAACAAGAAAUCUAUUGGGCGCAAUGUUCAAGAAUUUCUUGGUUGAAGCAUGAAGACAAAAACACGAAGUUUUUACAUUCAAAAGCAUCACAGAGAAAAAGGAGGAAUUUUAUUGAGGGGAUUAAAGACCAGGCAAACAACUGGGUGACGGAGAAUGAUUGGGUUGCAGAAGUGACGAUUAAUUAUUUUGAGAACAUGUUCAAAGCAGGUGAUUGUGACCGGAUGGAGGAAUGUCUUGAGGCCAUUCAUCACAGGAUUACUCCUAAAAUGUAG